CGCUCCGAAGGGGGGCGGAGCCGCCCCCGCCGCCGCCACAGCCGCCGCCGCCUCAGCACCCUGUCGGGAUUUGAAAGAUUAAGAACUCCCGGUGGAGAGGGCGGCUGCGUUGAAUGUGUGGCGGAAGCGCUGGGGGCCUCGGCGGCUGGGCGCGCGGCCGGGCAGCCGGCGGCGUCUCCACAGCAUGAACUACUCGGGCCGCGGCUCCCCGCGGAGCCCCGAGCAUAACGGCCGGGGCGGCAGCGCCUGGGAGCUGGGCUCGGAUGCCGAGCCGGCGUUCGGCGGCGGCAGCGGAGGCAGCGUCUGCUGCUUCGAGCACCUGCCCGGCGGGGACCCGGGCGAAGGCAGCGUGCCCCUGGCCCUGCUGCGCGGGGAGCCCGGGCUGCACCUGGGGGCGCCGAGUUCCGAGGACCACAGCCACCCUGUGGCCCUCGACCCGUGCCUGAGUGACGAGAAUUAUGACUUCAGCUCGGCCGAAUCGGGCUCUUCGCUGCGCUACUACAGCGAGGGCGAGAGCGGCGGCGGCGGCGGCAGCUCCUCGUCGCUGCACGCCCCGACUCCGCAGGCGCCGCUGGGCCCGGCCAACUCGGGGGGCGGCGGGGCGGCGGGAGGGGGCUCCGGAGAGAGGAAGCGCACCCGGCCCGGCGGCGCGGCGGCCCGGCAUCGCUACGAGGUGGUGACGGAGCUGGGCCCGGAGGAGGUGCGCUGGUUCUACAGAGAGGACAAGAAGACCUGGAAGCCCUUUAUCGGCUACGAUUCGCUCCGCAUCGAGCUCGCCUUCCGGACCCUGCCGCAAGCCACGGCGAGCCGACCCCGCGCCGAGUCCCCGGACGGAGAUCAUGUGUGCGGCCCGGCCUCCCCGGCGGGCCCGGCCUCCAGCUCCGGAGAGGAAGACGAAGAGGACCGCGCCUGCGGCUUCUGCCCGCGCCCGGCGAGGCACGAACCCGUGAUGCAGGAGCUGGUGAACAUCGAGCCGGUGUGCGUGCGGGGCGGCCUCUACGAGGUGGACGUGGUCCAAGGAGAGUGUUACCCUGUGUAUUGGAACCAAGCUGAUAAAAUACCAGUAAUGCGUGGACAGUGGUUUAUUGAUGGUACCUGGCAGCCUCUAGAAGAAGAAGAAAGUAAUUUAAUUGAGCAGGAGCAUCUCAAUUGUUUUAGGGGUCGGCAAAUGGAGGAAAAUUUUGAUAUUGAAAUAACAAAAUCCAUAGACGGAAAAGAUGGCAGUGGGAUCAACUAUUCUGUUGUCUACCACCUCCCUCCCUUCUCCCUCCCUUCUCUGUUCAAAUGGAGAGGAUAUAAGGAGAGUACAGAUGCGGCAGGUCUUAAAAGAAAGCGUUCCCAAGCUAUUCAUAGUUUUAAGUUGAGUCGCAACCAUGUGGACUGGCACAGUGUGGAUGAAGUAUAUCUUUAUAGUGAUGCAACAACAUCUAAAAUUGCAAGAACGGUUACCCAAAAACUAGGAUUUUCUAAAGCAUCAAGUAGUGGGACCAGACUUCAUAGAGGUUAUGUGGAGGAAGCCUCGUUGGAAGACAAGCCAUCGCAGACUACCCAUAUUGUAUUUGUUGUGCAUGGCAUUGGACAGAAAAUGGACCAAGGAAGAAUCAUCAAAAACACAGCUAUGAUGAGAGAGGCUGCAAGAAAAAUAGAAGAAAGGCAUUUUUCCAACCAUGCAACUCAUGUGGAAUUUCUGCCUGUUGAGUGGCGGUCAAAACUUACUCUUGAUGGAGACACCGUUGAUUCCAUUACCCCUGACAAAGUGCGAGGGUUAAGGGACAUGCUGAACAGCAGUGCGAUGGACAUAAUGUAUUACACCAGCCCACUGUAUAGAGAUGAACUAGUUAAAGGCCUUCAGCAAGAGCUCAAUCGAUUAUAUUCCCUUUUCUGUUCUCGGAAUCCAGACUUUGAAGAAAAAGGGGGUAAAGUCUCAAUAGUGUCCCAUUCCUUGGGAUGUGUAAUCACUUAUGAUAUAAUGACUGGCUGGAAUCCAGUUCGACUUUAUGAACAGUUGAUUCAGAAGGAAGAAGAGCUGCCUGAGGAGCGAUGGAUGAGCUAUGAGGAAAGAAAUCUUCUUGAUGAACUCUAUAUAACAAAACGACGGCUGAGAGAAAUAGAAGAACGGCUCCAUGGACUGAAGGCAUCAUCUGUGUCACAAGCACCUGCCUUAAAAUUUAAGGUUGAGAAUUUCUUUUGCAUGGGAUCCCCAUUAGCGGUUUUUUUAGCACUGCGUGGCAUCCGCCCAGGAAACACUGGAAGUCAAGACCACAUUUUGCCUAGAGAAAUUUGUAACCGGUUACUAAACAUCUUUCAUCCCACAGAUCCAGUGGCUUAUCGAUUAGAACCGUUAAUACUGAAGCACUACAGCAACAUCUCCCCUGUCCAGAUCCACUGGUACAAUACUUCAAACCCUCUACCUUAUGAGCACAUGAAGCCGAGCUUUCUGCACCCAGCCAAAGAAGCUACCUCAGUUUCCGACAACGAAGGCGUUUCAGCCGUAUCCAGCCCUGUGACCUCACCUGUCUUGUCCCGCCGGCACUAUUCAGAAUCUAUAACAAAUAUAGGCAAAGCAAGUAUAUUAGGGGCUGCUAGCAUUGGAAAAGGACUUGGUGGAAUGCUGUUCUCAAGAUUCGGACGGUCAUCUACAUCGCAGUCAUCCGAGAGCUCGAAGGACUCAAUGGAAGACGAGAAAAAGCCAGCUGCUUCUCCCUCUGCAGCCACUGUGGCAACGCAGACUCUGCCACAGAGCAGCUCUGGCCUUCUUGACUCUGCAUAUUUCAGACUUCAAGAAUCCUUCCUUUAUCUCCCACAACUUCUUUUUCCGGAAAAUGUAAUGCAGAAUACAGAUAAUACCCUCGUGGAGUUGGAUCACAGAAUUGAUUUUGAACUGCGAGAAGGCCUCGUGGAGAGCCGCUAUUGGUCCGCUGUCACAUCGCAUACUGCCUAUUGGUCGUCCUUGGAUGUCGCUCUCUUUCUCCUAACCUUCAUGUAUAAACAUGAGCGUGACAAUGAUGCAAAACCCAAUUUAGAUCCAAUCUGAACUCUUGAAGGACAUUAAUGACUCAAAACCGAUUUUUUUUUCCCUUGUUUAAAUGGUGUGUUUCAAGAUGUGGAGAUUUCAGGAGUAAAUUGUCUCAGUUUUUUUGAGGGGCAAGAAAUAUUUGAAUUUAAAAGCACUUUAUUUUUUCUCAAUGUUUUCAGUCCUACAGAAGUUAUUUAUAGUUUACAUUAUUUCAAUUAUGAAUCUGACAGAAUCCGCUGCAGCGUGAUGAGUAAAACCUGGAAAUGAGGAAGGUUUGAGUCAACUGCAUGUGAACGUCAUAGAUCACAACCUGACCUAGCCCAGAUACAAAGGCCUGGUGACGGAUGGAUUCCAGUGGACUGGCCGAGAUGUCUUAGAAAUCUGAAAGGGCUGAGAUAGAAUGUAUUCUCUGUAAAGAUUAUAAGUAGUGUUUAGAUUUCUACGAAAGCUUGCAUUUCCACAAGUCCUUUGAAAAAAAUAUAACAUUUUAAAUUUUUCAACUUAACUUGUUUAGAAAAGACUAAUAC